AUGGGCUCCGCUCCCUCACCACCACUGCCUCCCGACGCCGGCAACUCGCCGGCACGCCUCACCCAAGAGCCCUUCGCGACCUCGACGCCACAAACUCACAAGGCGCCAUCCGCACAGAUGUCAAACUACUACUACCAGCAACAAGUUCAAGACUCCAAGAUAUCAAGCAUUUCCCGAUCAAGCACCGCCUCGCAGAUGGACGGAGCGCGUCAGCCUCAGCCAAUCAAAGAUGCCGUCAACACCGCUUUCGACCAGGCACCAUCGACGAAUCAAAUGGAUCCCGACUUCAUGAAGAUGCUCACGGAACAGGUCACGGAACAGGUCAUACUCAAUCUCAAGGCUGCCAACAUCGGAGCGCCCACUCGGAGCUCCUCGGUUCACUCCCAACAAUCAGAACAAGCACCUUCAUCGAAUCACUCGGGCCCGCCGACACCAACAUCGCCUCUGCAGGACUCUACCGAGUCGUUCGCCGCCCGAUUCGCUCCACCUUCCCCACGACUGAGCCGCAAAGUCCGUGAACGCCAUGUCUCUCCACCGCGCUCUCCUGCAGACGACGGGAGCGAGGGCAGUGACGGCCAGAGCAGUCCUGGCAGCACGCAAAGCUGCAAGGAAACCACGCCGCGUGCGUCGCAGCCAGAAAUCCUCGAGACUCUUCGCAGGAGUAAGACCACCGCUGUCGAUGGCAUGAUUCCUUUGACGAGAGAAGCGAUGGCAAGGAGGGAGCUGAGGGAGGCAAGCUUCAGCCCCCCCAAGGCCUCGCGGAAGGACAGCAAAAACACCGAAUCCGCAUCUUUUGAUUUCGACCCUCGUAGUCGUAAUCGGCCUGAUCCUGUGGUCGAAAAUGCGGACGAGGCCACAACACUGGAGAAGAUAUGGCAGCCACUCUUUGACAAUGGAAACCCUACCAUGCGACUUAGCGAGUUCUUGAGAGGACUAGCCAAGCACAUCAUCGAGGACUAUGAACCGAAGGGCAGUCUAGUGAUCCCGCCUCACAAGUUGCUACGUUUUCUUGACGAGACCAAGGUCGAGCAGGAACAUUAUCCGUGGAAGACGAUAUUUGGCGGGAAAAUGUCGUGGAACUCGAUCUCGAUGAUGUACCGAAAGUUGCUCUGCCAGCACCACCUUAUCCAACAACAGGUUCACGACACACCUGUUAUUCCGGCCCUGACUCCCAUGGGCUUUGAGCAAUUCAUGACUUGCAUGAUCCAGGCGCAUCCGGACACAGAGUUUGAGCGCUUGGCCAAGGCUGUCAAAGAGAUGCCAAUAUCUAACGCGGAUAACUGCAAGGAACGCUUUCCUAAGGAGCUCUCGCGAAGACUGCUGCCAAGCGAAGCCAACGUCCAGGCUGAACAAAGGAUGAUCUCGAGCGUUAACCACGAACCAACCCUCAUCCAGUUAGAGAGAGGAGCAGCCGCAAUGCCGCCCCCUCCUCCGCCACCCGCUUCUGCGCCGACGCAGCAGAGUUCCUUCGCAGAGCGCGAAAGAAACCCAUACUCGCAAUCUUCGCACUCUAACGCUGUGGAUGACGAGGGCUUGAGCCCACCAUCGAUGCCUAUAGAGAGGGAACGAAAGCCCUAUUAUGCCAGACAAGGUACAGGAAAGCGAUACGAUGGUGAAGGCGAUCGGGAGCGUGAUCUGGAGCGAGACCAUGCCCAAAGCUCGCGCGAGCCGGGUCGACCAGCUGCAAACAAGUACCGACCAGGAUACUCCAACAGCAAUCCGUCUCGAGCGCCCGCGGGACCACCACCUCAAGGCACGUACUCCAAGAGCGGCUCCGCUGAACCAUUGAACAUCCCACCGCCCAAUAGAAGGAAACGGAUGUCAACAGCACCACCGCCAGCACGGAGUGUAAGUUACAAAUCUGGCCGACGAGUGUCACCUCCUCAGUCGCGCGGAUUUCGAAGUGAGCCAGACGUUGGAAGUAUCCCGCAGUCGCAAUAUGCGUCAAACCUUCACGGUCCGAUGAGGGACAGGUUCCCCAGCGAUGCAGAUGAAGAUAUGCAGCGCUACAACAAUGGGCGGAGACCCAGCGACAGGAACGUGAAUCACAUGAAUGACGAAGACAUGAAUGGCCACCCGAUCCCACCUCGCAACAUUGUGCCUGGACCUGGAUAUGAAUCUGGACCCCCUCCUCCUCCACAAAACUACGCAUCUCGAGCCCACGAUGAGAGGAGACGCACGUGGUAUCCCAGUGCAUCGAAUGCUGGUACAGAUGGGUACGGGAGCUACGCACCGAACAACUAUGGGCAAUCUGGACAGCAGUAUUAG